AUGGGAAACACUCAAAACAACAAAAGACGAGAGCGUGGCCACUUGAGGAUUACGAGGCCAGAGAACAGGCCGAGGACCCUGGUGAAACCAUCCCUGCUGCUGCUGCUGCUGCUGCUGCUGCUGCUGUGGAAAUGCCAGAGGCAGCCAGAGGCGCGGAAGUUCUGGACACAAAGCCCUUUCUUGCAAGGAGAAUUAGAGGAAGACACUGCCGUGAAACAAUCCCUCUCCAUUGUUUUCAUGGAUCUUUUUAUGAUCUACUUGAGGAUUCUUCCAGGUGUUGAGGACACCUCCCAGGCUAUGCACAGCCACCUGGAGACACCCUCGGGAGCCGCCAUCCUAUGCCACAACUGUGGGAGUCCGUGCAAAGGAGAAGUGCUGAGAGUGCAGAAGAAGUAUUUCCAUAUUAAGUGUUUCGUUUGCAAAGCCUGCGGAUGCGACCUGGCCCAGGGGGGCUUCUUCGUGAGGCAGGGGGAUCACAUCUGCACCUCGGACUACCAGCGGCUCUACGGCACCCGGUGCUUCAGCUGCGAUGAGUUCAUUGAGGGCGAGGUGGUCUCCGCCCUGGGGAAGACCUACCACCCACACUGCUUCGUCUGCGUGCUCUGCAGGCAGCCUUUUCCUCCUGGGGACCGGGUGACUUUCAACGGCAAGGAGUGCGUCUGCCAGAAAUGUUCGCUGCCCCCUGCUGGUGCCAGUUUUCCAGCCCUCCGAAAUUGCGGGAACUGUGGCUCCGAAAUCAAGAACGGCCAGUCCUUGGUGGCUCUGGACCAGCACUGGCACCUGGCCUGCUUCAAGUGCAAGGCUUGUGGGAAGCUCCUCACCGGGGAGUACAUCAGCAAGGAUGGCGUUCCAUACUGCGAAAGAGACUAUCACGCUACCUUUGGGAUCCACUGUGACCGUUGUGGGAAGUUUAUCACCGGCAGAGUUUUGGAGGCUGGAGAAAAGCACUACCACCCCACCUGUGCCUGCUGUGACAGGUGCAGCCAGAUGUUCGCCGAGGGAGAGGAGAUGUAUCUUCAAGGAUCUUCUAUUUGGCACCCAGCCUGUAGGCAGGCAGCCAAAGUGGAAGAAAAGGCCAAGGAAACCCGAACAUCGUCUGAAAGCAUAAUUUCGGUGCCUCCUUCAAGUACAUCAGGUUCCCCAAGUCGAAUAAUUUAUGCGAAGCUCGGGGAGGAAAUCCUGGACUACCGGGACUUGGCCGCUCUCCCUAAGAACAAGGCCAUCUACAACAUUGACCGCCCAGACAUGAUCUCCUACUCUCCCUACAUCAGCCACUCGGCCAGCGACCGGCCCAGCUACUUUGAGGAAGCACUGGAGAAUUGCGAAGGCUGGGAAAAGCCCAACAGGCUGAAGAAACAGGGCAUCGCAGAGGCUGUGUCGGCCGCCCUGCCUCUCCGCUGGUUGAUGUGGACCCCUGAUCAGACACAAGGGGAGGUCUUUGGGGGCCUGUUUGAGACCCUGGAUGACCCCAGUCAAAUGCAGGAGGAGGAGGAGGAGGAGGAGGAGGAGGAGGAGGAGCAGCUCGGCAGUGAAAGUGGCCGGAGCACCCCAAGCUUAUCCCUCUGCUCAGACAGCAGAUCUGCGUCCUCUCUCUACCAGCAGGCACCCAAACAUUUUCAUAUUCCAGAGACUGGAAUAAAAGAUAACAUCUAUAGGAAACCCCCCAUCUACCGACAGCAUGCCUCAAGAAUAUCCGAUGGCGAUGGGAGCUCCGAUCAAGACAGCAAGAAGCUAAAGUCCAGCUGGCUGACUUUGAAAGGGGACGUGGAUUUUAGGACUAACUCUCCCGAUCUGGAUACUCAGUCGCUGCCUCAAAGCCCUGGGACGGACCGGCAACUUCAGCGGCUGCACAGCAACACAAACUGCACCUUCCUACGAUUCCCCUAUUCCAAAUCGGCUUCUCUUCCCGACUACGGAAAGCACGGAUUACAGCAGCAGCAGCAGCAGCAGCAC